AUAGAAUUUCUUCAGAGAUAAACAUGGCUGCAUUUUCGCCAUUGCGAAGGUUUGUUUUGGUUGCUUUUCUCGUUUGUAUUCAUCGAAAUUACGCCAAGAGAACCGAAAUCAAGGGGGACCUUGGUAAUCUCGAUUCGCAAAAAGCGGAAGACGUACACAAUGCUGUGUCCAAAUUACUGCAACAUAAAAUUGGUAAGAAAUUAAAAGAAGCUGCGGACGAAGUAAAGCAUGCUGUCGACCAUGCCUUAGGAAAACAUCUUGACAAUGCUCAUCACAUACUCAAGAACAAAAACGCUGAUGUUAUUGUCAUGGAUCCAAAACUCAGUAAACUUGUGAAAAAUGCUGUCAAAGUAGGAAAGAAAGAAAAGCUUAGGGCCAAAGCUCACAAAGCUCACGAUUCUCAUCAUUUACGAGCUGGUUUUCAUGGAGCCCAACGCAGACCUAUGGGCUUCAAUCAAUAUGGCAGGAAUCAAUACAAUCAAGGAUUUGGUGCACAACCUCGUUACCAGCAGGGACAGGGAUAUCCGCAGAUGCAAGGAUACCCGCAAAGGCAGGGAUACCCGCAGAGGCAGGGAUACCCACAGAGGCAAGGAUACAACAACAUGCAGUCACCUUCAGGAUAUCAAGCUAAUCAAGGAUACACAGGAUAUCCGCAAUACCCUGGAGGCCAAGCGCAACAAGGUACUUAUCCUGGCACGCCUGGAUACACCGGGAACCCUCCUACCCAAGGUUAUCCUGCUACCCAAGGUUAUCAUGCUAGCCAGGGCUACCCUACGCAGGGGAUGACUGGCGUCCCAGGCCAAGCGUACGGUGCGCAGCAAUCGCAAUACAUGCCAAAUGGAUGCUCUCAAUCCUGUCAACAAAACUGUUACCUAAUGUGUCCGAGGAAGUGUUGCAGUGACAAAAAGAGUGCUAUGGCCCACCACAAGAAAUCAAAAGUACAUCAUGUGCCAGACGACAAAAAACAUAAAGUACAUCACUCGAAGCAUGCAAAACAUCAUUUGAAAAAAGAGCACAAGAAGCACGAAUAAUCAAGAACGUUACCUUAAAAAGACAAAGAGAUUCAAUUAUAUAUCAUUUGUAUAAUAAUUUCAUUCUUCCAUAUCACGCAAACACAUCAAUUGAGUAUAGCUUCAUGAUUUAGUGCCGGAGUGGUUUGGAAGUAAGUUAAUGUCACUGAAGAACAUGCUUAUUGUUUUGCCUCAAAACCGUGGCUAGCGUCUAUUGAGUCAUUGAGACGACCACUGAUAUCCCAGAAAACACUCCCUUCACUGACGUAUGCGAUUGUUGCAAGGUGUAUAAGAAGAGAAGAAAUGGAGGCUAUAAUUUUGUAAUCACUGAGAAAAAAAUUAAAUUCUUUAAACUUUACGUGUAA